AUGGCGUCUCUGGCUCUGUCGUAUCCUACCGCCGCCAAAACGCCUUCGUAUCUGGCCUCAUCGUCUUCGACUUUCUUCUCCUCAUGCUCUGCUCUCUCCUUUAGGACCUCUCAGUUUCGCUCCCCAAACUCUGUCUUCGCUUCUGUUAAAUGUGAUCUGCCCGAGUCAUUGAAUGUGGGAAAUGGGAAUCCAAGUAUCCCAAUUAUUAAUGAGAGGACACUUCCAAAGUUCUUGGAAUCUGCUCGGAUGGAGAAAUCGGNCAAUAGAACNAAUACCAGGUUGAAGUUGUUCUCUGGUACUGCAAAUCCAGCACUUGCUCAAGAAAUUGCUUGGUAUAUGGGCUUGGAGCUUGGGAAGAUUAACAUUAAGAGAUUUGCUGAUGGAGAGAUUUAUGUUCAGCUACAAGAGAGUGUUAGGGGAUGUGAUGUCUAUUUGGUGCAGCCUACUUGUACUCCGACAAAUGAGAAUCUCAUGGAGCUUUUGAUAAUGGUAGAUGCUUGCCGAAGAGCAUCUGCCAAGAAAGUAACAGCUGUGAUUCCGUAUUUUGGAUAUGCAAGAGCUGACAGGAAGACACAAGGGCGUGAAUCCAUUGCUGCCAAAUUGGUUGCAAAUCUUAUCACUGAAGCUGGUGCAGAUCGAGUUCUUGCAUGUGAUCUUCAUUCAGGACAGUCAAUGGGUUAUUUUGACAUUCCAGUCGACCAUGUGUACUGCCAGCCAGUGAUACUUGAUUAUCUUGCUAGUAAGUCAAUUUCCUCAGAGGAUUUGGUAGUGGUUUCUCCUGAUGUUGGUGGAGUAGCCAGGGCACGCGCUUUUGCAAAGAAAUUAUCAGAUGCGCCACUUGCCAUUGUCGAUAAAAGGCGUCAUGGACACAAUGUUGCUGAGGUUAUGAACCUAAUUGGUGAUGUAAGAGGAAAAGUGGCAGUAAUGGUGGAUGACAUGAUUGAUACUGCUGGAACCAUUGUAAAAGGAGCCGCUUUGUUACACCAGGAGGGUGCUCGGGAGGUCUAUGCGUGUUGCACGCAUGCUGUUUUCAGCCCGCCUGCGAUAGAGCGAUUAUCGGGUGGUUUGCUCCAAGAAGUGAUAGUGACAAACACAUUACCAAUAGCUGAGAAGAAUUACUUCCCGCAGUUAACAAUCUUAUCGGUGGCUAAUCUUCUGGGUGAGACCAUUUGGCGUGUCCAUGAUGAUAGUUCCGUCAGUAGCAUUUUCCUUUGA